AUGUCAUUUAAUAAUAACUCUGUUUUUGUUGGUGGGUUGAAAAACGGCAAUAUUUGGGACUCGAUAGAAAACACAAAACAUGCUAAGGGAGAUAUAGAUUCGGUAUCGUUCAAUGCUGGUUAUGACAAGGAUGCGGGGCUAGAAGAGGACGCAGACAUCGAAGCGCUACUACUAUCCAUCAUCAAUGCUCAUAAAUCUAAUAAUGAUGCUAUAGAGAGUUAUUACCGGCCUGAGCCAUUUGCUUGCUACUGCUUUGCGCCAUUGUGUCAGAUAGAGAAUCAAUCCCAUGAUUUCUAUGGAGUAAAUUUGCUUCGGGAAAAGUUGAAGAGGCCUAUAGUGAUGGCUGCCGCCGACCAAAGAGGAUCGAUUUUCGUUUUUGACUUUGGUGCUAACAAGCUUUGGCGGGUAGCACGAUCUGGAAUAUCUCCAUCAGUAAUGGCCUUUACCUCUUUAUCAAAGGAUGAGUUGGUUGUCGCGUUUACAGAUAAUACUGUAAGAUGUUACGACGUUGAGACGCGCCAACUGAUUGCUGAGACAAGCAGCCAUCGCCAUCCAGUUGAUUGCAUUUCAAUGCAUCCUGAUGAACAUGUGGUUAUUACUAGCUCACGGUCUGAAGCUAUUUUAUGGAACAUGUCUGACUGGUCAAAGUUGAAGGUAUUAAAUGGUGAGGCAGUGCACGGCGGAUUGCGUCACGUAGCAUUUUCGUCGUCGGGGACGUUUAUAACUACCAUAUUUUACGACGAGAGUGUUUGUGUAUGGAAUGGCCAAUCGUUUGAAAUCAUAUGGAACGUGAAUAUCCCCAAGCGAAGACCCAGAUAUAUUAAGCCGCUAUUAUUCAAUCGUUCAUAUGAUGAGACGUGUCAUCUCGCCUUGAUUCUGACGAAUGAGCAAAUUUUGAUCGUUGGCGGAAUUAUGACGCUAUAUGUAUGGAAUAUUGCUACGCAAUCACUAUUGCGUGAGGUCGAUCUUGGUCGUAGGACCUAUGGUUGUAUCAAACAAGUAGAAGCGAUCUGUGACCGUGCUGAGUUGGUGAUACUAACUUCAGAUGGACACCUUUUGCUCGUUGACAUAUUCGACAAUGCUGAAUCCGGGAUGCAUCUAAUAAACGUUGAACUACCGGUUAAAUCAUUCAAAAUAUCACCAGACGGUAACUUUUUGGUGACGAAUUCCACUAAAGAGAAAGAGAUAUUGCGGAUAUGGGACUUUCGCAGUCUUGUCGCAGAUUCAUUACAGAACAACUUUGAAGACUACACACCAAAAAGUAACCGCAAACUAUUUAUUGAAGUUCAAGAAUCAUCACCUCCUGUUCUUGGUCCCAGCAUUUCCCGUAACAACAACUCUGCGAUAAUAACGUCAAAAAGUAUACAUUCUAUCUCGCACUCAUCACCGCAGCCGAAAUCUAAAUCAAAGCCCUUUCAUCAGCACAUAAACACGAAACUGCGAUCACAUGAGCAGUCAUCCAAGUUUGGGACCCGAGACAGGCGCUUACGUGCAGGUUUUCCUGGGAACAGCGAGAAUGACGAUUAUAUGGAAGAGUCUCCAAUGGAAGGAGUGUCGUCUCCUAUGGUGUUGCAGAAGGAAAGGGAUCAGUGUGCGAGGAAUGAAUAUACGACAUGGACGAUUGAAAAGAAUAGUCACAAGACUAGUCCGUUUGAGAAUGAUCAUGAAUUGAAAUCAACGCCUUUAUUCGGGUCGUCGGGGAUACAGAAUCUAUCUUUUGUCUCAACAGAAGAAAGAAAGCUCAAUAUCAUUGAAACGCUGCACCGAGACGGAAAAUAUCCAACAGAGCAUAGGCUACAAAUAUGGCGUACUCUAUUGGACGUUCCCUCGAAUCUAGAGGCAUUUAGAAAUUUGAUUGACAAGAAGAGAGGAUCAAUUGUUCAGCUGUCUGUUCAAAAAUGGCCCGAUCUGAGAUCAAAAAAUAGAAAGCUGUAUAUACGGCUUGAACGAUGCUUGUUGUUUCUGGUCAACUGGGGGUUUGACGUUGCAGUUGUAAUCGAGUGGUUAUCGACGAUUGUUUACCCCUUUGUUGAACUCAUGCUUGGGACCGAUGAAGUGGUAUGCUGUGAACUGAUAUUAACUAUUUUACUAAACUGGUAUCAAAAUUGCUGGAAAAAGUUUCCCAAUCCACCCGCUCGAAUGCUCGAUGCUGCCGAGAAGUUGUUGGAAUACUGGGAUGCAAGCUUACUCAACCACUUGAAGGAGGUGGGCGUUGACUUUAAGACAGACUUUUUAUGGCCGGCAAUGUUGACUGGUUUCACGCGUAUAUUGGAAACUGAAGGAUUUCUUCAAUUAUGGGAUCACCUUUUGUCGAACGACGAACCAUCCUUUAUGUGCUAUUUCGCGGCCGCCUAUGUGUAUAACAGUAGAGACACGCUAAUCAACAAUUUGGAGAGUGAGAUACGGACAUUCAUCAGUACGACCUAUUCGAAUGAUCUCGUAAAGGUUCUUGAGGUGGCUCGUAAGAUGGAGAGCGAAACCCCGAUACCCAUAUCACCUCGAAUCGAUGUAUUUAGAUUCAGACCUCUUGAUAACAGGGGGAGUUAUAAACUACGUAAUGUUAAAAUGAAGAAGAAUGACAAUAUCAGAGAUUGGAUAUGGCAACAAGAACGCGAGAUUGCUAAAAAGAGGUAUGACGAUGUUGGAUUGACGGGUGAAUUGAUUACUGUCAACGAAUGA